AUGGAGAGAGGUGGAAGUGAUGAAGGAGGUGAGGAAGGAAGGGAGGAAGCCCACACCCAGGAAGAGAACGACAGCAGGCUGCAGGAUGAAUGUGAUACGGCAGCAGAAGAAUUUGGUGGGGCUGCCCUACAUGCAGAAGAGGGUGGCUCAGUGGAUCAGCCUGACAGAGUGCAGCCGGAUCAAGAGACUGACAGCCCAGCCCCCCAGUCUCACUCUGACCACAGUGACGCUGAUGAAGCCGAGCCUGCAGCCAUAAACUCAGUGCAGGAAGGUGUUGACCUGCUGGCGGUGACGCCUGACCUCUCGUAUCUCAACAUGUCAGAGGACAGGGAGGAUGAGGGGCCACAGCCGGAGGAAGACGAUGAGGAAGAGGAGGAGGAGUUGAUCAUCCUCGACUCUGACCAUCCGCUGGCCAGGAGGCUCCAGGCCGCUCUCAGCAACCUCCUCAGGAAGCAGCUGGAGAGACUCAACGCUGGCCUCAGGGAAAAGUUGGCAAUGGAGAAGGCAGAGAGCAGCCACCAGAUCGAGCUGGGUCGGGAGCUGUACACAGUACAGGAGCUGCUGGCCAGACGCCAGGACAGACUGGAUGACACUCAUCAGACCGCUGCCCAGGUGGCAGCUGAACGUCAGCGGGCACAGGAGCAGUUGGAGGCAAUGAGGCACCAGUAUCACAGUAGUACUAGCCAAGCCAACAAACAGAGAAUACAAGUGUCCAAACUCCAGGCGGAGAUUGAUAACCUGAUGCUAUGUCUCCACUACAUGCAAAGCAGCAGCGCAGGCCUGAGCUCUGACAUCAGCGCCAUGAAGAACGCUACACGCAAAGCAGGGGCCAAGAAAACCCAGGCUGAGGAACAGAAGUACAAGCAGGAUUUGUACGUGGAGCGUCUAACGAAGGACAGGGAGAGGCUGACGGAGCAGAUUGCCAUGUACGAGGCCCAGACUAUUGCCCAAGCAAAGGAGACCCAGGCUGCCAUGGAGGCCCUGUCAGAGGCCCAGAUGGAGAUGGACUCCCUGUCUAUGGAGCGCAAACAGCUGCUCCAGCAGUGGGACAGCAGCCUGUUGGGUAUGAGGAAGCAAGACGAGGCCUUCACUGCCAUGCAGCACGCUUUGCGGUUAACUGAAAACCAGGUGAUCUUGCUGGACAGGGAGACUGAGGGCUAUAAGAAAUCCAUCACCAAAGAGGAGGAGCAAAACGAGACACUGACCAUGCAGCUGAACAGGGCCCAGCUGAAUAACGCCACCUUCAAGAAGAUGAUCAACCAGAGCCAGGCCCAGCAGGACGCUCUGCAGGCCCACCACAGCACCUGCCUCCGCACCCUGCAGGAGACGGAGCGCACGCUGGCCAGGCUCACCACGGAGAGCAGUGCCCAUCAGGUGGAAGUGAACAACCUGAGGAGGCAGUUGGAGAAGGAGAGCAGCAUUCGUCUGGAGUUGGAGGACAAGAUCAUGGCACAGAUGCAGGAAGAGCUCACCCAUGACAAGACUGCCAAGUAUUACCAACAGCUCAGCAGCAAGAUGGCCGCAUUCAAGAAGGACAAGAUCUCCCAGCUGUGGCAGAUCGAGCACGAUGUAGCGCAAGUGGAGCUGGACAGCACCAAGAUCAGCCAACAUCUGGCCAGCCUCGCCCUCACCCAGGACGCCCUGGAGAAGGAGAUCACCGAGCACAACAAGUUGCUCAAUGUCUGCCAGGCAAAGAACAGCAACAGUGUCACUCUUAUCGAGCGCAACCAGGCCACCAUCAUCGUCUACAACAAGAAGAUCCAGCAAAUAGCAGCCAGCACUGGGCACGCGGACCUGAGUCCACUGCAGAUCCAGGCCGAGUCACUGAGCAAGCAGCUGGAGGAGCUGGCAGCAAAGAUCAAUAGUGACCAGGCGCGCUGGAUGCAGCAGAUGUGGGUACAAGUGCAACUGACCCAGGAGAGACAGGCCAACAGCAAGGACAUGCUCAAACUACAGACACAGCACAUUGUCUAUCAGCAGAGGAAAUUACGCACAGAGGGUCAUAUCGAGGUGGAGCAGCGUGAGCAGGCAGAGCUGGAGCGGCACAUGAAGCUGCUGAGGGGAGACACGGUGAAGCUCAACACCCUGCUGAGCAAGAACGGGCAGCUCAGCCAGGCGCUGGAGCAGGAAAACACCCUGAUGGAGACGGACUUCGUUCACAGACUCAAGGAGGCAGAGAAGGAGUCUAUAGAGAUGCAGAUGAAACUGGAGAAGACCCUGGAGGAGAAGGAGAGACUCCUCAACAGUCUGAUUGAGGCUGAGCGUCAGAUCAUGCUGUGGGAGAAGAAGAUCCAGCUUGCAAAGGAGACUCGCUCAGCUGUGGACUCUGACGUGGGCCAGGGAGACAUCCAAAUGAUGAAGGCUGAGAUACACCGUAUGGAGGUGCGCCACAACCAGCUGCUGAAGCAGCAGGAGCGGCUGCUGAAGGAGAGUGAAGCCACCGUGGCCAGGAGGGAGACCAUCGUCCUGCGCAGGGAGGCGCAGGCCCGCAACUCCCAGAAACAAACCACACACAGCGAGCUGAACCGCCUCGUCCAAGGCCUCAGGCACAAGAUCCAGGACACACACAAGCAAAUGGUGGAGAGUGAGCAGGUGAUGCGGGAGCUACAGGAGGGCCAGGUGAGUCUGGGCAGCAGCCUGGCGCAGAUGAAGCUGCAGCUGACCGAGCUGCACGAGACCAGCUCUGUCCUCGACUCUGACCUCCUUAAUCUCCAGGAAACCCAAGACAGGAACCUGGACCGCCUGGUGGCUUUACAGAACCGAGCCAAGCAGCUGCAGGCGGUGCUCGAAGGCCGCUACGCCGCUCUAUCCACCAGUGAGGCUGUGGAAUCCACCCUUCAGCGCCAGAAGGAGCACGUGCACUCCCUCAGCACCAUCUCGUACCAGCUCUGCCAAGAGUUCCCCCAGCACCAGGGGGCGCUCCGCAGGACGUCACUAGCAUUGGCAGCACGCACACAGACGCUGUAG